AUGCAGGAACAGCAAGCUCACCACGGAAGGACAUUCAAUGGCUACCGCGAGGGGAAAUAUUUUCUUCCCAAUGAUGCAGCAGAACAAGAGCGCCUGGAUCUUGCGCAUGAGAUGUGGCGACUCCUCCUGUUCGGUGAUUUGUCGUGGGCUCCUUUCGCCGACGAACCAAGGCAGGUUCUCGAUAUUGGAACUGGUACCGGUAUCUGGGCCAUCGAGUUUGCACAACAGCAUCCUGCAUCACACGUAAUUGGGACGGACAUUAGCUUGAUCCAGCCCCCCGAAGGGAGUAUACCGUCCAAUUGCACCUUUGAACGCGAUGAUGUGGAGGAGGAAUGGGUCUUUGACCGUCUUUUCGACUACAUACACCUUCGAGCUAUGCUAACCUGUUUCAACAAUCAUGUCGGGGUCGUCCAGCGGAUUUACGACAACCUGAAGCCAGGCGGCUGGGUGGAAUAUCAAGACUACGACCCGGAGGUAUUCGGCAAGGAUCAGGCUAACCAGCAAGCCUUGCUCAAGUCGCCGGUCUGGGAAUGGUGUCAGCUUGUGUUCAAGGGCGCCGCGCGGUUCGGUCGUGAUUUGAUGGUCGCCCGUCGGUACAAGAAGUUUCUCAUGGAUGCAGGCUUCGUCGAUGUCACGGAGAAGAUAGUUCUGGCCCCGAAUAAGCCAUGGCCCGAAGAUCCCAGGGAGCGUCGAAUGGGCCAGUACAUGCAAGCCAACAGCCUCGAGAUGCUUGGUAGUGUGAGUGCCAAAUUGUUACAAGGAGAUGGCAUGUCCGCGGAACAGGUCGAUGACUUGAUUUGCCGAUGCCGCGAGUGCUUUCAGGGCAAAGAACUUCACCUCUACUCUCGAAUGUACGUCGUCAUGGGCCGGAAGCCUAGGGACGACGAGCUGGCAGCCAGAUCCCCGGCCUCGGACCCAACAGCGGCAAUGGCUCAGCACUUGUAG